AUGGGUUUCUUGAGAGUUACACUCGUUGGAUUUUUCAUGGGGAAAGUUUAUUUGCUUCGGUUUCUAGAGAUAAUGAAUCAAGUGACUCUAGUUCGGGAGAUGAAAUUCAAGAAAUGUUGCAUGAUGCAUUUGGGAUUCCCCCUCCAAGUCCAGUUUGUGGAAUGAGUAGUGACGAACCUGAAAGGGAUAAUAGAGAAGGGCUAGAUCAGGUGAAUGAAAGUUUUUUAAAAUUGUCGAGUGAAGUUGAAUGA